AUGAGUUCGAGUUCGACCGGCGCUCCUGCAGCAGCCGUGAAUCCAGGCGUUGCGGGGUCGAACUUGCUGCCAGGCAAGAUCGUUGCCAUCACGGGCGCAUCCCGUGGGAUAGGACGUGCGUGCGCCCUAGCAUGCGCUGCACACGGAGCUCGAGCCAUCAUCGUCCACUACCUCGGAGACGCCGAAACCACGUCCGAAGCUUCCUCUUUACAAUCCGAACUCCUCCAAAUCGGAGCCCAAUCCAUCCUCAUCCCCGGAGACAUCUCCGACCCCACCGUGGGACAAGCCAUCGCCUCGGCAGCAGAAUCAUCCUUCGGCCGUCUGGACGUGUUUAUCUCCAACGCCGGCAUCUGCCCCUUCAUGGGCUUCCUCGAGAUGGAGGCUUCCACAUGGCGAAGGGUGCAAGACGUGAACCUGAACGGCGCCUUCUUCGCCACCCAGGCAGCCGCCCGGCUGAUGGCGCGUCAAACCCCACGCGGAGGAUCGAUCGUUGCGAUCGCCUCCAUCUCGGCUCUGGUGGGAGGCGAGUUUCAAAGCCACUACACGCCGACAAAGGCGGGUCUCAAGAGCAUGAUGGAGUCUGCUGCGAUCGGGCUAGGUCCCUUGGGGAUUAGGUGCAAUAGCGUGCUACCGGGGACGAUCGAGACUGCGAUCAACGAGGACGAUCUGAGGGAUGAAGGGAAGAGGAGGAGGAUGGUGGAGAGGCAUCCAUUGAGAAGGUUGGGCAGGCCGGAUGAUAUCGCUGGGCCCGUGGUGUUUUUGGCUUCGGAUCUGGCGAAGUUCAUGACGGGUAGCUCGGUACUAGUGGACGGCGGUUGUUUUGUCAAUCUUCAAUAG